ACAUUCUCUCAACAAAUUCCCUCACAACAUAAACAAAAAAGGCUCUCUGCUUUCUUCUUCUCUUCAUUUCUUCUUUGUCGUCGUUUUGCGGCCAUGCGAAGCGCACUGUGAAAGGAAUCCGAAGCCUAAACGAGAUAAGCGCACUGUGAAAACGACAAUGGCGGAGACGUUGCGAAAGCUCCGGAAAUCGUUCUCUAUCAAGCUCUCUUUCCACGCCAGUUCCAGCUGUCCUCGUUCCUCCCGUUCCGGUUCUCCACGUUCCUCUGGUUUCCACCGUUCGCAUUCCUCCCUCUCGGGCUCGGGCUCGGGCUCUGGCUCUGGCUCCUCCUCUCGUAUCUCCCGAAGCUUCAGCUUCCAACCGUCUAAUAAAUCUUCCAAGAAAACUUGUGCCAUCUGCUUGGGAAGUUUGAGAACAGGACAAGGAUUAGCCAUCUUCACUGCUGAAUGUUCCCAUUCUUUUCACUUCAAUUGCAUUACAAGCAAUGUUCAGCAUGGCAAUCGCGUCUGUCCUAUUUGCCGCUGUGAAUGGAAAGACAUUCCCUUCCAUGCUCCGGUGCAUGUCAUAGAUAAUAACAGACGUCAUGGUCAUGGCAACCGGGCAAGGGUGAAUCCUCAAAGUGCUGCCACUCCUGUACAGCUUCCAUCUGAUCGUGACCAUUUUGCUGAUGAUGAACCGCUCCCGGUCAACUCCAUUGGCCCAGCCACCUCACCCUCCCCUGCCCAAGCAUUGACUGUCAAGGCCUUCCCUGAGUAUCCUGCUGUCUCUGCCACAGAUUCCCCUGCCAAGUUUGCUGUUCUUGUUCACAUCCGUGCACCAUCUCUUCUUAGUGAUGCUAAUCAUCUUGAUCGAGCUCCCAUCGACCUUGUCACAGUACUUGACGUUAGUGCCAGCAUGUCUAGCAAGCUUACCCUUCUCAAGCGUGCUGUUCACUUCAUUGUGCAGAACUUAGGCCCUGCAGAUCGGUUAUCUAUUGUGGUUUUCUCUUCAGUAGCUCGAAGAAUUUUCCCACUUCAAAGGAUGACUGAUUGUGGUCGUGAGGAUGCAUUUCGUGCUAUCAAUUCUCUUACCUCUAAUGGUGGAACCAACAUUGUGGAGGGCCUCAAGAAAGGGGUCCGUGUUCUUGAGGAUCGUCGUGAGCGCAACCCAGUUGCUAGUAUUAUUCUCCUAUCCGAUGGUCAGGACACGUACAAUGUUCGCAGGCAUAAUGAUUGUGUGAGGGACAACACAUCGAGCUAUGAAGUGGAAUAUCUGAACCUAUUGCCCUCUCUGAUUUGUCCUCAGAAUUCUGAACCUGGAGGUGAAUCUCAACAACAAACCAUCCCAGUCCACACAUUUGGGUUUGGCUUAGAGCAUGAUUCCACUGCAAUGCACGGCAUAGCUGAUGCUUCAGGUGGCACAUUUUCCUUCAUUGAAAGCAUUAGCAUUUUACAAGACGCUUUUGCCAGGUGCAUUGGCGGUCUUCUCAGUGUUGUGGCUCAGGAUGUUCAGCUCAAAAUUAGUUCAAUUUCAGCUGGUGUAAGAAUCGAAUCAGUACCCUCUGGUAAAUACAAGAGUGACAUUUUGAUGGAAGGGCAGCAAGCUAUCAUAGACAUUGGAGAGUUAUAUGCAGAUGAGGAGAAGGAAUUCCUGGUAUAUAUCUCCAUUCCAAAGUCUUCUUCCAAAAGUUUAGAGAGCACACCAUUACUGGAUGUCUUUUGCAUGCAUAAAGACUCAACCUCAAUGGAGAUCCGUGAAGUGAAAGGUGAGAGAAUUGAGAUUCGAAGACCGAAGGUUUUGUCUACUGCUGACAAGGAGGUGAGUCUGGAGGUUGACAGACAGAGAAGCCGCCUGCUUGUCGCUGAAACAAUUGCAGAUGCUCAAAGAAUGGCUGAAAUGGGACAGUUAGAGGGUGCACAAGCUCUUCUGACCGAACGAAGAUCAAUUCUCUUAGCUUCAGCCUCAGCCCAGGCAGGCGAUGGACUCUGCAACUGGCUGGAGACUGAGCUGAGGGAAAUCCGGGAGAGAAUGGCAAACAUGGAACUGUAUGAACGAACUGGGAGGGCAUAUAUCCUCUCAGGAUUGAGCUCACAUUCAUGGCAAAGAGCCACAACCAGAGGAGACAACACACGGACAUUUUCUAUGAGUAGUGGCAGAGGUGAUGAAACCACAAGCUAUGAAACACCAACAAUGGUGACAAUGGUGUCAAGGUCUCAAACUCUCAACUUCACACAAGGUGGACCUCAACCUUCAAGCAGCCAUAACAAGUCCUGCAGAAUUUGAUUCAGAAGUCAUGGUUAAAAAGAGAGAUUUUUCUUCAUCAGAGACUUCAAGCGACGAAGUGGGGUCUGCGUUUUGACGUCGAAUACUUGAAUGAGUCCGAAAAGAUUAGAGGCGGCAAGGAGGAAGCCAUCGUAGCGAAACGAAGAGCAGAAACUAUGUCUUUGAAGGAGGAAAUAACAAUGUUUUCAGAGAAGGCCUUGGGAGGAAAACAGAGUGAGAGAGGCAGAUUAAGCGGCCGGAUGGAGGUGAAACAAGAUUUGUGAAAAAGAAAUAAUUAAUGGAGGAUGCGAGUGUAGGUAUUUUUGUCAUUAUAUUAAAAAAUUAUAGAUAAGGACACGUAUUUAUUUAGAUUUUUCAAAAUUAAUUGGUAAAAUUUUGUUAAUGGAUUAGACUUUGGGUCGGAAUAAGUCUAUUAAGCCAAUCUUUAAUUAAACCUAUUAUUUUGUAUCAUCGGAUCAUAUUCAUAUUAUAUCAAUUGGAUUUCAUAAA